AUGCUCUUCUCCCACCCUAUUCGCCUUCCCUGGACAUCACUGCGAUCACUGAGGCCCCUUCAAUCUAAGAGGUUUUUCUCCGCAUCUCGCCCCCGGUUCACCAUCGAGAUGGCGACCGUGGAUACCACACAACGCCUCUCGCAGCUGCGGCAGCUGAUGCGAGAUAACAAGGUUGAUGUUUACAUCGUUCCCUCCGAAGAUAGCCACCAGUCCGAGUAUAUCGCGCCUUGCGACGGCCGACGAGAAUAUAUCUCCGGGUUCUCUGGCUCCGCCGGCACUGCCAUUAUUUCUCUGAGCAAGGCCGCUCUGUCCACCGACGGUCGUUAUUUCAACCAGGCCGCCAAACAACUCGAUGGCAAUUGGCAGCUUCUCAAGCGUGGUAUCGAAGGUGUGCCCACAUGGCAGGAGUGGACUACGGAACAAUCCCAAGGCGGCAAGGCCGUUGGUGUUGACCCGUCCUUGAUCACGGCUUCUGGUGCACGCAAACUCGCCGAGACCCUCGAGAAGAACGGCUCCUCGCUGGUGGGAAUCCAACAAAACCUGGUUGAUCUGGUUUGGGGCAAGGACCGCCCAGCGCGUCCUAGCGAGAAAGUGCGCGCGCACCCAAUUAAGUAUGCCGGUCGUCCAUUCCAAGAGAAGAUCGCCGAGCUGCGCAAGGAUUUGGAGACUAAGAAGAAGGCCGGAUUCAUCAUUUCUGUGCUCGACGAGAUUGCCUGGCUAUUCAACCUGCGUGGAAACGAUAUUCCCUACAACCCGGUGUUUUUCUCCUACGCGGUUAUCACCCCAACCACCGCAGAGCUCUAUGUGGAUGAUGAGAAGCUUACACCCGAGGUCAAGGCCCAGCUUGGCCAAGACGUUGUCAUCAAGCCAUAUGAUUCCAUUUUUGCCGAUGCUAAAGCUCUCAGUGUGGCCAGAAGCCAAUCAGCUGAUGAAACAGCCGCCAAGUUCCUUCUGUCUAACAAGGCUUCGUGGGCUCUCAGCCUAAACCUUGGCGGCGAGGAUCAGGUCGAGGAAGCUCGUAGCCCGGUCGCAGAUGCCAAGGCUGUCAAGAACGAGACAGAAUUGGAGGGCAUGCGUGCCUGUCACAUCCGUGAUGGUGCUGCACUGACCGAAUACUUUGCUUGGCUUGAGAAUGAGCUCAUCAGCAAGAAGACUGUCAUGGACGAGGUUGACGGCGCCGAUAAGCUGGAGCAAAUUCGCUCCAAGCACGAUCUCUUUGCUGGUCUUUCCUUCGAUACCAUCUCUUCUACCGGUCCUAAUGGCGCUGUGAUCCACUACAAGCCUGAGAAGGGUAGCUGUGCGACCAUUGACCCGACCGCCAUCUACCUCUGUGACUCCGGUUGCCAGUACUUUGAUGGAACUACUGAUACCACUCGGACUUUCCACUUUGGUCAACCCAACGACUUUGAGAAGCGUGCUUUCACCUUGGUCCUGAAGGGAAUGAUUGGAAUUGACACUGCUGUCUUCCCCAAGGGAACCAGUGGCUUUGCUAUCGACGUUUUGGCUCGCCAGCACCUCUGGAAAGAAGGCUUGGAUUUCCUCCACGGCACUGGACAUGGCGUUGGCUCCUACCUGAACGUGCACGAAGGUCCCAUGGGUAUCGGGACUCGUGUGCAGUACACCGAAGUCCCGAUCGCGGCUGGAAAUGUCAUCUCGGAUGAACCCGGCUACUACGAGGACGGCAAGUUCGGUAUUCGCAUUGAGAAUAUCGUCAUGUGUCGCGAAGUUACUACUCCCCACAAAUUUGGCGAUAAGCAAUGGCUGGGCUUCGAGCAUGUCACCAUGACCCCCAUUGGUCGCAACCUGAUCGAGCCUUCUCUGCUGAGCGACUCGGAACUCAAGUGGGUGAACGACUACCAUGCUGAAGUGUGGGAUAAGACCCACCACUUCUUCAACAACGACGAGUUGAGCCGGAAGUGGCUUGAGCGUGAGACCAAGCCUAUUUCCAAGUAG